GGCGCCUUUUCCGUUCACUCUCCCCUCCACACACACACACACACACACACACACUCUCUCUCUCUCUCUCUCUCACACACACACAAAAAUUUACUACAUGCCCACAGAUGCUCUGGUUUCAUCACAUCAGCAGGGAAUAAACAUGCUCGCCUCACCCCUCCUCGAUUCUUCUACAAUAACAAAGUCUACUUCCUUCGCUUUUGCUCUUUCUACUGCUUCCACUGCGAAUCGUUCUUUCAUUGCAGCACAUCGUCCCUCCAUCACUGGGCUGAAGUGGAGUAAGGAAGGGUCAAGUGACAACAUAGACCCAAGAGUUAUUUACAAGGGUAGACAAAGAGGUCGCGGCAGAUUUAAGAGUGUGAGUGCAUAUGGUCGCCGUGCAGAAGAACGUGUGCUUGAGGAAGAGGUUCCUCAAAUGGUAGAGAGCCGGCCGUCAUUCAGAACCUUUCCUGGUCAGGCAUAUCCACUGGGAGUUUCAGAACUUGAAAAUGGAGUCAAUUUUGCUAUUUUCUCACAGCAUGCAACUGGCGUUACGCUUUGCUUGUCACUUCCAGAGAGGGAAGAGCAUGACAAGCUAGAUGGUGGAAUGGUAGAGCUGACAUUGGAUCCUCGUGUGAAUAAAACUGGGGAUAUAUGGCACAUAUGUAUUGAGGAUCUGCCUCGGGAUGAUGUCUUGUAUGGUUACCGGGUAGAUGGUCCUCGAGGAUGGCAUCAAGGGCAUCGAUUUGACAGAAGCAUUAUUCUUAUAGAUCCUUAUGCCAAAUUAAUUGAAGGCCGUCGAGUUUUUGGUGAUUCAAGCAAUAAGAUGGCUAAAUUCUUUGGAACUUAUGAUUUCAGUAGUUUGCCGUUCAAUUGGGGAGACAAUUACAAGCUUCCCAAUAUCCCAGAGAAAGAUCUUCUCAUAUAUGAAAUGAAUGUUCGUGCUUUUACUGCUGAUGAAUCCAGUGGGAUGGAUCCAAGUAUACGUGGCAGCUACCUUGGCAUUAUUGAGAAGAUACCACAUCUUCUUGAGCUUGGUAUCAAUGCGGUGGAGUUGCUUCCUGUCUUUGAGUUUGAUGAGUUUGAAUUCCAGAGGCGUCCAAACCCUAGAGAUCACAUGAUGAACACAUGGGGCUAUUCAACAAUUAAUUUCUUUGCUCCUAUGAGUCGCUAUGCAAGUGCUGGCGGAGGACCAGCUAAUGCUUCCAGGGAGUUUAAAGAGAUGGUCAAAGCAUUGCAUGGUGCUGGAAUAGAGGUCAUUUUGGAUGUGGUCUAUAACCAUACUAAUGAGGCUGAUGAUGACAACCCUUGCACAAUUUCAUUUCGUGGCAUAGAUAACAAGGUUUAUUACAUGGUGGAUCCAAACAACAAUGGCCGUUUGCUUAAUUUCUCUGGAUGCGGAAAUACAUUGAACUGCAACCACCCUGUGGUCAUGGAACUUAUACUUGACAGCUUAAGACACUGGGUUGUUGACUAUCAUGUGGAUGGUUUCCGCUUUGACCUUGCCAGUGUUCUUUGUCGAGGCACAGAUGGCUCUCCACUUAAUGCUCCUCCUCUUAUUCGGGCAAUUGCCAAGGAUACUGUAUUGUCAAGGUGUAAAAUUAUUGCGGAACCUUGGGACUGCGGAGGCCUUUAUCUUGUUGGGAAAUUUCCAAACUGGGAUCGGUGGGCUGAAUGGAAUGGCAAGUAUCGUGAUGAUAUAAGAAAGUUUAUAAAGGGUGAUGCUGGUAUGAAGGGGACUUUCGCUACUCGGGUCGCUGGUUCUGCUGAUUUAUAUAGAGUGAAUAACCGGAAGCCAUACCACAGUAUCAACUUUGUUAUCGCACACGAUGGGUUUACUUUGUAUGACCUUGUUUCAUACAAUUCUAAGCAUAAUGGUGCCAACGGAGAAGGUGGCAAUGAUGGAAGCAAUGAUAAUUUUAGCUGGAAUUGUGGUUCCGAAGGUGAAACUUCUGAUGCCGAUGUUAAAGCUCUACGCUUCCGGCAAAUGAAGAACUUCCAUAUGGCGCUAAUGAUAUCCCAGGGAACACCAAUGAUGCUAAUGGGAGAUGAGUACGGGCAUACUCGCUAUGGAAAUAACAACAGUUAUGGACAUGAUACUUCUUUAAACAAUUUCCAGUGGGGGCAGUUGGAGGCAUGGAAGAGUGGUCACUUUAGGUUUUUCUCAGAGAUGAUAAAGUUCCGCAGAUCUCGCCGUGCAUUUGGACGUGAAAAUUUUAUCGGCAUGAGUGACGUGACAUGGCAUGAAGACCAAUGGGACAAUCCUGAGAGCAAAUUUCUUGCAUUUACACUUCACGAUAAAGAUGGAGGAGAUAUCUAUUUGGCAUUCAACGCACAUGACUAUAAUGUUAAAACUGCAAUGCCGUCACCACCACAAAAUAGACGCUGGUUCCGAGUGGUAGACACAUAUCUCAAGUCUCCUGAUGAUUUUGUACCUCAAGGUGUCCCUGACAUUGGAACAACAUACAAUGUCGCUCCUUUCUCUACAAUUCUUCUUGAGGCGAAGACAUGAGAUAUCAGGUACCUGGUUAGAGUCAGUUUCCAUCUGUUCAGAACAUUACUGGGAUUGAAGGUUCUUCAAAUAAUCGUUCACAUGGAUAUAGGAUUCACCUUUCCCAUAACACGAAGGAUCUGUAGUAUCGAAUUAAGCUGCAAAUCGCAGAAUAAAGUUUGAAUUUUUCAAACUUGUUAUAGUCAAAGUCACAUGUAAUAGGAGUACUAAAUUUGUCUAUACUAGGAAAAUAACUUUUGAAAACUCUGCACCAUCGUUAGGCUAACACAGCAAUGGUGAAUGUUCCAAAGGAAAAUUCGAUUUGGAAACAUCAGCAAGAAAUCUCCUUCUUUACUUCGUUGAAGAGUGGACUGAUGAAAAUGGUACCAGAAAUUGGAAAUUUGAGUUUUAAAUUCGACCAUAUUGGGUAAUGUCAAAUUCAAACUUCUCUUCAAAUUAGAUAAAAUUUCAGUA